AUGGUACUUGAAAAAUUUAAGUAUCUGGAGUUUAACGUUGCAAAGACUCCGAUUGAUGUGAACCUUGCUCUUACAAAGAACCAAGGUCAAAGCAAGUCUCAGUUAGACUAUGCUCGAGUGUUAGGAAGUUUGAUGUACAUUAUGAACUGUACACGACCAGAUAUAGCUUGUGUAAUAAGUAAAUUGAGUCGUUACACAAGUUAUCCUGACCAAACUCAUUGGAUGACAAUGAAAAGAGUUUUGGGGUAUUUACAAUACACCCAAGACUAUGCUUUGCACUAUAAUAAAUAUUCUGCGAUAAUUGAAGGAUAUAGUGAUGCAAAUUGGAUCACCGGAUCAUCUGAAGUCAAAUCCACAAGCGGAUAUGUUUUCACCAUUGGAGGAGGAGUAGUUUCUUUGAAAUCAUCCAAGCAGACAUGUAUCGCUCGCUCUACAAUGGAGUCAGAAUUUAUAGCUUUGGAUAAAGCUGGUGAGGAAACUGAAUCGCUACGGAAUUUCUUGGAAGACAUUCCUUUUUGGCCUAAACCAGUGGCACCUAUAUGCAUACAUUGUGAUAGUCAAGCUGCCAUAGGAAGGGCUGGAAGCAAUGACACGUUUAGGAAUCACCUAUGUGAGCGUGAAGUGAAAGCCGCUUCAAGGAGAAUUAGAGUAAGGCCAGUUCUCUACACACUCAUGAAACCAGGCGGUGUUCAAGGCUGA